AUGAUAUUUCGACUUUUGUUUAUAUUUGUAGCACUGGUAUAAAUCACUUAUUAAGCAUGCAGAAAGGAUGGAUGUUGGAGCUGUAAACGAUACUAAGAUUGUUGUAUUUCAUGUGGAUGUGGUUGGAGUUUAAAAUAUUAAAAAACAAUUGACACAUUUGGAUGUGACAAUAAUAAAUGUGAUGAUUAUGAUGAUUGGAAAUGUAAGAAAUGUGUAGAUGGGUAUUAUUUAAAAGAUUAUACUUGCUUUCUUUGUACCUAUCCAUGCAUUGAAUGUGAAAGUAGAACUAAAUGUAAAAAAUGUGAUUCUGGAUAUAAGUUAAGUAAUGAUUAAUGUAUUUAAUCAUGCACAUUACCACUUUGUAAAUAAUGUGACAACAUUCCAACUACAUGUGAUGUAUGUGUAGAUAAUGCAACUUAUGAUUCACCAAAUUCAAAGUGUUUAUGCAAUAACUCAUACUAUUCAGAUGGUAAACAAUGCAAAUAAUGCAUUUCAAUAUGUGGAUCAUGUUUAAAUUUAUAUAACUAUUGUGCUACAUGUAAGAGUGGUGUUUCAAAUAUGUCACCAAAUCCAAUUAAUGGAGUAUGUAGUUGUACCACAGGAUAUUAUUGGAACUCUAGCUCAUGCGAAUAAUGUGUUGCACCUUGUUUAACAUGUGAAAAUGAAGCAAACAAAUGUACUUCAUGUAAUGAUGAAUCUCUUAUGGUAAAUGAUGAAAAUGAAUGUAUUUGCCGAAUUGGAUAUUUAAGUUCACCAAAUAAUCCUUAUUAAUGUGAAAUAUGUUCCAAUAAUUGCUUUACAUGCGCUGAUGUAAGUAAUAAAUGUACUUCAUGUAAUGAAAAUUAUGAAUUAAAUGAGGAUACUAAUACUUGUUAUUGUCCUGAUGGAUUUUAUGAAAUAAAUAAUAAAUGCAAUGAAUGUGAUAAACUAUGUUCCAAAUGCUUAUCCAAAACAAUAUGUUCUGAAUGUAUUGAAAAUCCGUUAGUAAGAUUCUCAAAUUAGUAAUGUAUUUGUAUGGAUGGAUAUUAUUUUGAUGUCAAUCAAUCACUAUGUUUACAAUGUGAAUUAACUUGUAAAACUUGUUAAACAUAAAAAUAAAUGUGUACUUCAUGCAAUUCAGAAUUAAAUAGAACUUUAAGUAAUAAUAAGUGUAUUUGUAAAUCUGAUCAUUUCUUAAAUGAAAAUCAACUUUGUAUAUCUUGUAAAUCUAAAGAAGCUAUAGCAAUUGAAUUUUGUAAAUAUAAAGAUUGCACUGAUGGUAUAUGGUCUUAUGGAGAAGAAUGCGAUGAUGCUAAUAAUUUAUCUAGAGAUGGUUGUUUUAAUUGUCUAAAAGAACCCUAAUACUAUUGUAUUAAUGAAAUUGAAAAGUAAUCUUAAUGUGAAAAGUGUUAAGAAUAUUGUUAAAUAUGUGAGUAUGAUUACUUUUAUAAAAUACAAAAAUGUAAAUAAGCAAUUGAUGGAUAUUAUAUCGAAAAUUCUAUUCGUAUUAAUAAAUGUUAAGACAAAUGUUUACAUUGUGAAUCAAAUGCUAGUUAAUGUACUAAAUGUAGAUUUCUGAAUAUAAGUAAAUCAAAUAUUAAUUGUUAAUUAUGUGAAUUCAAAUAAGGAUAUUAUUCAGAUUAUGAUAAUAACUCAUGUUAUUCUAAAUGUGGAGAUGCAAUUCUGGCUGAUGUUGAAUAAUGUGAUGAUGGAAAUAGAAUAAAUGGAGAUGGAUGCAGUGAUAUAUGUUAAUUAGAAAAGAGUUUCGAUUGUAUAAAUGGAGUUUGUAUUAAAACAAAGAAUCCAAUUCCUUAAGGAUAAGAAAAUUAGAUAUAUGAUUUAUAUACUCCAAAGAGAUAAGUAUUAGUAACUUAUGACUAAGAAUUGAAGUUGAACUAAAUAUUUGAUAUUAAUGAUGAAAUACAAAUAUCACUUAAUCAAUAAGCUAACUUUAAUUACUCAAUUAAAAAUAAUGUUAAUUUUGAAAUAGAUAAUCUAAUCAACUUUUCAUUUACAAUUGAUUUUGAUGUUGAUAGAUCUAUAUCAAAUGCUAGUUUAAUAAUUAAAUAUUUAACACCUUCGUUAUUUAGAAAUGCUUAAAAUCAGACUUAAGAAAUUAAUUUAUUAGAAAUUAAAAUAUCUGAUAUUGUAAUUAUUUCGUAAUCAGUUUAAGGAUUGACAACUAAUACUGUUAAUAGUUCUAAUUACAUAAUCUAUAGUCUAUUAGCUUUAUUAGCUUGUGGUUUGAUAUUAGGAGGUAUUGACAUUUAUUUUAACCUUAUUGAUACACUUUAAUACUUAUCCUACUUAUAUUACAUUAAUACUAUAUUUCCAUUUAAUGUUAAUUCAUUUUUUGAAAAUCUAAAUUUUGCUUAAUUCACAAUAGUUUAAGAUUUUAUUAAUCUAGAUCAAAUAUUUUAAUAUGAUUUAGAGUAUGAUUUGGAAUUUCAUUCUCUUACUGUUCCAUUCAAAAUUAAGAAACAAGGAAUGUAUUCAUGUUUCAUUCUUAAUUUUACAUCUAUUUUUUCUGUGUUUAUAAUAAGCCUUGUAUUUUAUUUAGUAGCUAAUUUAAUAACAAUCAAAUACUUGUCCUCCAAAAAAUAAUUAUUGUUCCAAAGUGAUAAUAAAUCAUCUAUCAGAAUGUAUUUUUCUAAACUUUAAGUAAAAUUAAAACAUCUUGCUUUCUAAUGGGCAUUAAUUACAAUAAGGGAAUUCUUUUAUAGUGAUUUGUUAAGAAUAUUUAUGACUACUGCAAAUGAAUAUAGUUUCACACUAGCAUUAGGUUUAAAAGGACUUGACUUUAAUUCUACAUUUGGAUUAAUUAAUUCAACAACUACAUUUGCAUUUUUGGGUAUUUAUAUUUGCAUCACAUUUCUAUCUUUCAAGAUUGUAGAUCAAAAAAGAUAUGCUAUUGAAUAGGCAUAAUAUAAUAUUAAAUUUGGAUCUGUCUUUUCAGGACUUUAAAUAGCAAAAUAUUAAAAAUUGUACAAUCCAUUUUUAUUGAUUAAGAAAUUUCUUUUUAUGACAUUUUUAAUUUAUCUCUAUGAAUAUCCUAUAAUUUAAGUGUUAUAAGUUACUUUAUUAAGUCUAGUAACCCUUUUCUUUUUGAUAUUCUAUUCACCUAUCAAAGAUAAAUUAGAAUUAAUUAAAUAGAUAAGUUGUGAAACUUCAUAAUUUAUAACUUUAUUAUUAUUCACUAUAUUUUGCAUUAAUGAUCUUUUGAAAUUUUUGAAUGCAGAUUAAAAAUUGAUAAUUGGAUGGGUAGUUGUAUCAAAUGUUUUAACUGCAUUAUUUACUUAAUUAGUUAUUAAUACCAUUUAAUAGUGGAAAUAUCUUUAUAUUAAAUAUUAAUUUAUUAGAAAAAUAGCUAAUUCUUGUAGUAGAAGGUGCUAAGCUAAAGCACCUACUCAAGCACCUCAUGAUGUAUUUUUGUGAAUCUUUAGUUUCAUUAAACAUUUAUAUAUUUAUAUUUUUCGAUUUUAUUUCAUUUUUAUUUAGAAUGACAAACAUUUAACAUCAUUUUAAACUAAUCGUCACAUAAACAAUAUUCUUAGCUGAUCUGAUUGAAACAACUAUAAGUUUAAGCGUUUUAUUUGUUCUUGUAAUGUAUUGGAUUAAUUGUAAAUAUAUUUCAUUCAUUCCUAGCUCAGAUAUCAAGUAAUAAUGAGACUAUUAUUGAAAUAAUGAAGGCUAAUAUCACAUUAACAGGUAUUGAUCUUUAAUAAACAAUUUCCUCAAUUGGAUUUUUGUUCAACAUUACUAAGUUGGCCCUUAAUGAAAAAGAGAUUUCCCAACAAAAUUCAACUUUAAAUACUGUUAUAGGCACUCUUACAGUUAAAGAAAGGUCUUAAAUUGCAUAAAUAGAAGAAAUUACUUCAAUAUAUAUUCCAAAUCUUCCUUAUUAUGUGAUAUAACUUACUUCAGACAGCUUAAGUGCUUCAAAUAACACUUUAAAUUUGUAUAAUUUUAAAUCAACUCCAAACUGCACUAAUAAUCCAAAAUUCUGUUAAUUAUUGCAUAAUUCUUAUGAUGAUAAGGGUAAUUUUGAUCUCUUUUUGUAUAUGAAAAAUUAGAAGAAAGAUUAAGUUAUAUUUUAUACUUUGUUUCCCUUCAACAUUUAAUUGACUUAAAUUUGUGGUCUAUUAUCUAAUGAUUCAUUAUAUUAAUGUUUUAUAUUAGAUUUAGCUGAUUAUAAAUAACCAGAAGGGAUUUUGUAUACUACAUUGUUUACAAUAAAUAAUUCAGUAGUUUCAGAUGUAACUGAUGACUGUCUAACUGUUGAAAUGAAAUGUAGUGCAAUUACUGAGUUUAAUAAUAUGGAUAUAGAUUACUAGAACACUUAAAACAUUGUUGAGUUUUUAGAGAGUAUAGAUAAAGCUGAUUGGAUGAAUUAAAUGCGGCCUUUAACUCGUUAUUAUGAAUCAUCAAAUCCAAUUGUUAGUUUAUCAAUGGUGGAUAUUAAGGUCUAUUUUUAUUAAUCCAUACACAUUGGUACAUAUGAUAUCGUAAUAAUUUAUUGAUUUCUAUUAGAAUGAUGAAUUUUAUUCAGAAUACAAAGAAGACUUAAUAAAUUAAACUAAAGAAGAAUAAGAUAAACUAAAUGCUCUUCAAUAAAAUUAUGAUAGAUGGUAAUUAUUAGCCACUUUCAACAAUUAGUUAUACAAAAAUCUAGUAGAAACAAAAUAAGAAGAUUAUUUUGAUUUCUUUCUUUUUUUCUAAGUUUUUAUUCUCUUUUUGUUAUUGACUUCUAUAUUAGUAAAUAUAAUAACUCAAAAUGAAUUUGAUUAAAUAAGCAUAACAUUAAAUUAAGUAUCAAUGAUGAUGUAAAUGUUUUUUGAAUUAGAUUAUGAUACUUUGCAUAAAGACUUAAAUGCAUUUAAAGAAUAUCAAAAAAGUAGUUUAACUGAAUUAAAUGAAUUACUUUAAAUUUUUGAUGAAUUUUGUUGGUUGAUUGAUUUCUUAAAUCAAUUAAAUAAAAAGGUUCAUGAUUUAGAAAAAUUAGAAUAAGGAUUACAAAUUUUUUAAAAACGAAACUCUAUUGAAUGUUUGGAAUUAAUAUUGAUGAAAUUAGUAUCAGAACAUAGUAGAUAAAAAGAUUAUGAGACUGCUAUCACAUAUAAUAAGUAAUUAAUUUCUAUACUUGAAUAAUAAAAGAAAGACACAUAAUUAAUUAAAUCAGAAGAAAUAAUGAGAAUAAAUUAUAAAUUAUUUCAAUCUUUAAAUCAAUUAUUAGAUUUAUUAUCAAAAUUAUUAAUUAGGAAUAAGAGUCGAGAUAGAAAUGCAUUUAAUUAAGCAAAAACAUUAUUUUCAAACAUUAUGGAUUUUGCAGAUACAUUAGAGAUUAAAUUUACUUUACAAAUUAAAUUAUUCUUUAAAAAAUGCAAAUUACUAUUUAAUCUUAGGAAAAUAAAAGAAGCUGAAUAAUGCAUUGAUUAAGCUUAAUUAAUUUUGUAAUAAAACUACACCUUAAGUAAAAAUGCAUCUUAUUAAAAUAAAACAUUUAAUUAAGACAAAAAGUUGUUGUAAGUUGUUCAACAGAAAAUUUAUUUUUAUAGGGGAUUAAUUUAUAUGUCAAGUGGUUAAUUAUAACCUGCAAUAUAAUAAUUAAUGUUAGCUCUAGAUUAUGGAAAUGUUUAUUAAACUAAAUUAAGAGUAAAGACUAUUAAAAUGUUAUCAACAUUACUUGCAAAAUAAGACAAAUUCAAAUCUGAUAGUUAAAUUUUAAAAUAACUUCAAUACUUUUUUUAAAAUUAAAAACGAUAAUUUAUAUUUCUAAUUGACUCUACAUAAAGAAUGGCUGAAAACCAACUUGAAGUUGUAGAAACUAUUAAAUAAGUAUUAGUUUAAAUAAUUAUAAUUAGAUAUUUUAAAUUAUGAAUGAUGAUGAUUUGAUAUAAGUAUCAACUUUUGAUGAAUAUACACAUGUAUUAAUUGAAUCUUAAUCAAAAAUUAGUAUACUAGAAACUAUGGGUAAAAAUUAUAUGGAAGAUGGAUUUUUUGAUUAUUUAAGUGGGAGAUAAACAUAAAAUUAACGCAAAUUAUAUUAAGGAAUUUUGGAAUCUUUAAAUUAAUAACUUCCAAAAAAAUAUACUAAUUAUUUAAUUGUUAUGACGUUUGGAGAAAAUUAUGCUGAAUAAAAUGAUAAAUUAGUUGAAUUGUUGGAAAAAUUGAGAGAAGGAUUUUGGCAUUUCAUAUUGUGUAGUACAUAAGAAAAGAAGUUUAUGAAUCAAAGAAAUACAUUCUAUCGAUUAACAGAUGAAGCCAGAGAUGGAACUUAUAUUGAAUUAUUUGCCAAUUUUGAAGAAGGUUUAAGUAAGAUUAUUUCACUGUGUAAUUGAUAUUAUUUUAUUAAAAAUUUUAUAUUUUCAGUUAACAUGUUUGAUGAGGAUUUUGAUUUAGGAAAAUAAGAAGAUUUGGCCAGGGAAGUGAAAGAAAUGGAGGUGAAAGCAAAUACAUUGCAAGAGAAAUCGCAGCAAGAUCGAUAUCUGGGUAUUCAUUUGAUGGAUCACUCUUAGAAUUCAGCGAAAUGGUAGUAAAUUCCUUUAAAAUGAUGGAGAAAAAAUUUAAUGAAAUGGAGUCUAAAUUUAGCAAGGUCUUAUAGUAUAAAAACAAAGAAAAUACUACAAGCAACAUUAGAUAAAAAAGUGUUUCAGUUGGAAAAAUAUACGCGCCUCCAAAAAUAUCAGCUGGUAAGAUUUCUUUACCUAAACAUUAACCCCCUCAAUUAAAGAAAAGCAUUUUAAAAACAAAAAAAUGAA